AUGGACAGCCAUGCCGCACCGCAGACUAACGGCUUGAAGCCCGACCUACCAGCCAUGGCCUUGACCGCUCCCGCACCACCCACCACACUGGCAAAUGGCUACAGCAAUGGCACAACCCAGGAGAAAGAGAUGGCAUCGCCGCCGGAGUUGGAGCAUUGGGCGCAUACAUAUGUCCCUAUGGGCACCUUGCUCGAGCGCAUGGCCCAGCAAUGUUACUUUGACCUGGGCGAGGUCAUCGAGCAAAUGGCAGAUCUCAACAUUGGCACACCACAAACGAAUGGCGCAUCCACUGCUGCCCCUGAUGUGUCAAAAGCGAGCGUGGACAAGAAAUUGCGACUUAUGAAUUUCGCAAAUACUCAACAAGCUCGAUUCAUCAAGGCUUUGGUUUUGUCAGACUGGGCGCGCAACAUGGGCGACAUGAACAAGCUGAUCGAGUUGCGCAUGUGGUUGACACAACAGGAUGAAGCUUCAACUCAAGUCGGCGAUGCCAUUAUGCAGAUGAAACACAACAUGAUUGGUGCCAAAAUGCCAAACCCAAACAUCCAAGGAGCCCUGGAACUCUUGUCUACAUCCAAAGCGCCAUGGCUACCUGAUCUAGGUUAUAUCGCACCAAAACCUUUGUCUGCUCAGAAACUACUCAAGACGCUCCGAGACAUGAACUUUGUUCUUUCCGUGCGACUCAACCUGCACGAGCAACUGCCUUCACAUCUUUGCAACUAUUCCAUAGCCAAUGGACGUGCUACUUUUGUCGUGCCCAAUGAGUUUGAGCUUGAUUUGGCUGUCACUGACGAAGAUACGACAUCCCCUUUCUACUUUAUCGAUAUCCGGUUCCUGUUCUCCGAUGCUCCGCCUCUAGCGGAUGGUCCUGCUCGCGCACACCUGGAAGGAAAAGUUAACCAAUUACUCCAAGCUGAGGGUCUCAACGCUGCUUACGACUUCCUGCAUGGAUUCGUCCUCACACACAAGAUCACACUGCUACGGAUACAGGCCUCAGAUUUGGCGCGCACAAGGUGGACGGAAUGCCUACAUAUCGAACCCGUUCAUCGAUCGCUCAUCAUUCAAUACUGGACCGGUCAGCCUGGAGGAAAGAGUUGGAUUGAGAUCGGAAUCAUAAAGGGGCACAACGCACAAGAUUCCGGCCGACCACAUGCACCUGCGCGGCUGAAUGUCCGCUGGUUCAGAGCUGGAAAGGAGGUUUCUGAUAAAAGUUUCCAAAUCGAUCCAGCAAAUCCUUCGAUGGAACACAUCCUCAAUCAGGUCACUGCUGCACAUAUGACGGCUCGCCUGGAAACCAUCAGAAACCAGCUUCUGGCCAUAUCACCACCGGACUCUGCUCUGGACAUCAAUGUCAAAGUCUCAUCAACAGAUCCGAAUGCCUGCGCUUUGACCAUGAGACUCGGCAAAAAUGGCCUAGAGACUACUUUACGCAUCAUACCUGUCAAUGGCAACAUAUCCAUCUCACCCGUGUCUGCUGCCUCAAUAGACGUCGAGGGACGAUUAAAUUCGGACCCAACAAUCGAUGCUGCGCAGAUCUUGUCCUACCUAAAUUGCAAGCUUGUCCAGGAUCAGAUAACACGAAAAGCUCUGCAGGGCGGCUGGCUUCUGAUGCCAACAACCCAGCAAGGAGAUGGCAACAAGAUCUUUGGCGAGCAAAUAACCCGCCGCACAACAUUCACUCGUCAAGGUUGGGGCGAAGACUGGGCAAUCUGUCUGACUAUCAGUUUACAAGGCGCAAAAUGGUGGAUCGUCCGUCUGGCGUCAGCCUCGCCCAACUCCCGCACAAUCAACACAGCAGAAACUCUCUCCAUCCCCUCGUCCACAAAAUCUUUCGACCGCCAUACACUCAUGCUUAUUGAAUCCCGCGCUGUAGCUCAAGUCUCUCUCAGCAACAUAUCUUCUCAACUCCGACAAGCGAAAAUCAGCCACGAGAUCAGACAUGUAUCUCCAGCCGCCGCACAACCCAAUAUUACAGCCUCAUCACUAUCUUCAUCCACAACUACAGCGGUCAUCGGCAUCAAGUUUGAGGACUGCAUGCAACCCGCUUCUCCAGCCGAGCGCAAACUCUGGAAACCUCGGUGUGGCAGUACGAUGAUAUUAACGCAUCAUGGUGUCGAUGAAACAGCANAAGAUGCAGUCAAAGUUGUUCACGUUCUUAAAACGAACUUGACCCCUCAAACAGCUGAGAUCCUUGCACCACUAGCAGGCAAAGGAACUUCCAGCCAGGAUAUCGUAUUUGCCGCCAAUGGCAUCCUGGCUUUACAGUUGCGCACACAUUUCGGCAUCGAUCUCCUGGCCGCUAUCAAAAGCAAACUCCGACGUGUGGAGCGAUUGACAAGUUGUCUUGCCGCUAUCACAAAACGCAAGUUUGCAGCUGAAAAAGUGGCAGUUACUGGAUUGGUGUUCCGCUAUUCUGCUGCUACUCAAGUGCUCAAAGCAGGUAUUCUGUUCUCUGAUGAUGCAACGCAGCCAAUGCAAUUACGCUUCGCAAGCGAGCAUGCAAUAAAUCCUCAUCGACGUGUGCAACCACUCCUCCAACAUCUUCUUCUCGCACCUCCUGGUGCUUCAUCUAUGCUCGAAGAAAAAUCCAGGAUGGAGAAAUUGCUGGAUACACUAUAUACAACAACACCACUUCUUUCCGCCUGCGCUGUCAUCGAAGCCAAAGACCCAGCUGCAAAAUCCUCGCGUCUUGCUAUUAGAACUUUGCAACAUUUGCGUGUUGUUUACUCUGCUCCUUUCCCAGCGUUAACUCUUAACAUCGAAGCCACCAGAAAAGAAGCAAAGAAUCUUUGGAGUUUUACUAUACUUAAGGAGUCUACAUCUGAGUAUGAGAAAGCGUUGGAUUUGUUGCAAUCAGUCUGGCAAGGCAAGGAUUUGGAAGGGGUCAAAGGGUUCAGGACUGGUGUUGUUGCUGAGGUGCAUGCUGUGCAGAAAGUUUUGCUGGGCUUUGAUGAGAAGGUUAGAGCGCAAGGUGCUGGAGCCAAUGGCCAUGAUGUCGUGGUUCUGGACUAG